UGUGUUGUUAUCAUAUUUUAAGCUUUCAACCAUACUUUAUUUGUCAACCAUAUAUCAUCUCUUCCUUUACGUAAAAGCAUAUCUUAUCACCUUUGUUUUGAUAAACAUUAUUCAAUAUUUUAUAAACAUUCAUAAAAUAUUUAUGUAUCAAUAUCAUCAACCAUUGUCUCAUUUUUCCCAUGAAAAUUUCUGUUACAACUCGUAGAAAAUUCGAUAUAUGAAAAAUCAAAAUAUCAAAUGGCCCCCAAUGAUUGUAACCCACUCUGGUCAACAAAGCAGCCAGCCACCGAAACUUCCUAACAUGUUGUAAACUUUCGAGGCAACGUGUGGUUAUAAUAGCAAACAAACGGUGUGUAGUUUCCCUUUCAACCUCAGACACGGAGACCAUUUCACAAGCUGAACCCCAAAAGUGUAUACGCGUCAUCUUACCCAAUCAGAAGCGUAAAGCGAGAUCAUCAGUCCAGUGUUUAACCUCCACGUGGAACAUCGACGUGUAUUUUCGCGCCUUUUGUAACAAAUAAUAAAAAAUUCGUCCAAAACAAACAUCUCGGUCGCCGGAGGAAUAAUCGGCGGUGCGGAGGCGUUUCCCUGAGGGUGAUGGAGGCGAAUGGAUCUGGAUUCCGGCGAAUUCUGCUGCUGGCGCUGUGCAUCUCCGGAAUCUGGUCCGCCUACAUCUACCAAGGCGUUCUUCAGGAAACUCUGUCCACGAAGAGAUUUGGUCCAGAUGAGAAGAGGUUCGAGCACCUUGCAUUCUUGAACUUGGCGCAAAGUGUAGUCUGCUUGGUCUGGUCUUUUAUUAUGAUUAAGCUUUGGUCAAACACCGGUAACGGUGGUGCACCAUGGUGGACGUAUUGGAGUGCCGGCAUUACUAAUACCAUUGGUCCUGCCAUGGGGAUUGAAGCCUUGAAAUACAUCAGUUAUCCAGCUCAGGUCCUGGCAAAAUCUUCAAAAAUGAUUCCAGUUAUGCUGAUGGGAACUUUGGUUUACGGAAUAAGAUACACUUUCCCUGAAUACAUUUGCACCUUUCUUGUCGCGGGAGGAGUAGCUGUGUUUGCUCUUCUUAAGACAAGCUCUAAGACAAUCAGCAAGCUAGCUCAUCCAAAUGCACCCUUAGGCUACGCACUUUGCUUCUUAAACCUCGCCUUUGACGGAUUCACAAACGCCACCCAAGACUCCAUUGCCUCAAGGUACCCGAAAACAGAAGCUUGGGACAUAAUGCUGGGGAUGAAUCUAUGGGGCACAAUAUACAACUUGGUCUACAUGUUUGGAUUACCACAAGGGAUGGGAUUCGAAGCAUAUCAGUUCUGUAAGCAGCACCCGGAAGCGGCAUGGGAUAUUCUGAAAUACUGUCUAUGCGGUGCCGUGGGACAAAACUUCAUAUUCAUGACGAUAAGUAACUUCGGGUCACUAGCUAACACGACCAUAACGACGACAAGGAAGUUCGUUAGCAUCGUUGUGUCGUCGGUGAUGAGCGGGAAUCCAUUGUCGCUGAAGCAAUGGGGAUGUGUUUCGAUGGUGUUUGGUGGUUUGUCUUAUCAGAUUUUCCUUAAAUGGAGCAAGUCGAAAAGAGUGGAGAAGAAGAAGCAAAAGAGUUGAACAAAAGAGCGAAAACACACAAUGUGUAUGGCUCUGUUACCUUUUCUCAUAUCUCUAAACUGAGUUUUUAGAUUUUUUUUUUCCUUUUAGCUGUUUAUGUUUAACCAACCGAAACAGUCUCAAACCAGAUUAGUCAACUGUAAAACUAGUGAUUAGCAGAGAGGUAAUAGUAAUGAUGAUUCAAAUAUGACUUAACUUUUGCGAUCCAAA